CGGUCACAUGGCGUAUAACACUUCUGACGUCAUCACCACAUACAUGGGACACUCGGACGUGCAAGCACCUUCGGAUUUUAGGAAAGGGAAUGAAAAGGGGAGGAAGAGUGGGGGGGAGAGGAAGGGGGAUAAGCUGAAGAGUGAGAGAGAAGAGAAAGGAGAGGCGAAUGACUCGGAUUAUUUGGAGCAAACGACCGCCGCCAUUGAAGCCGGCAACGACGUAGUGUUCAUACCGUCAGGCAACAAUGAUGCCCAAAGUUUCAGAAGGGCCGAGGGAGGCAGGAGGGACGAGUACUCUGUGAAGGACAUGAUGGAACGGGUCGCUGUGGGAGACGUUAUUAACGAACGGUAUAAGACGGAGACAGAACCACCCGAAGGCGGCGUAGUCUUCAAACCCGGAAAAAACGACGAAAGAACAGAAGAGAAGAUAAAACACGAACUGGACGACGAAAAGAUAGAACAGGCCGUCAAAGAGUACAAGGAGAUCCACGAGAAUCCCAUGGACUGCGAGAAUCUGGACUGCGAGAAUUUGCUGGAGGCCGUCUGUGGAGUGAAGUUGGAGAAUAAGAGGCCGAAAUAUAGGCUUUUUAAGAAUGAGUGCUUUUUUAGGAAGGUGAAUUGUGGGCUUCGGUAUGAUUAUAAUAGGUACAGAACAGUGUCAAUCGAUCAAUGCGACGGAGUAGGCAGCCACCUGCCUCCUCAGGAGCAGACUGGCUGGCUGCAGUACCAGCCCAGGCCUUUGCCAAGAAAUCAGCUAGAGCAGCAGCAGCAGAGUGACCCCCUGGCCUUUGCAAUAAGUGAGCUAAGUGGUGGUGGUCAGAGCAGCGGGCGGCGAAGCGCUUCAAGACGAGCCAUGACAGCGAACACCAACGGUCUCCCCUGUGACCACUUCUGCCCUGUCCGCUGUCCGGAGGUGUACGCGCCUGUAUGCGCGUACACGUUUCCGGAGCGAGCACGCGUGUUCCAGAACCACUGUCUACUAGACCUACAGUCGUGUAAUGAUGGUUCAGUAUGGCAAGAACGCGCGCUUUCAGAGUGCGCGGGCGACGUGCGCGCGGAGGUGCACGAGAGAGCGGCUUUCAUCGGCUGGAUGCAGCGCAUGGGAAUCCUCGAUAAAAAGGGACAUCUUGUCAUGUGA